AUGGCAGCGUUGCUUGCUGGUCCCUUGUCGAGUAUCUACUCGCACAAGCGUGUGUCAGUGGCGGCUGGAGCCUUGAUCGCAUUCGGCUUGUUCAUGUCGCACAUGAUUACUGCAGCGUGGCAACUAUUUUUCACCUACAGCCUCUGCGUCGGUUUUGGUUCGGGCCUGAUCUACUCCAGCAGCUUCCUUCUGGUCAACCUGUACUUCGACCAGAAGCGCGGCCUUGCCCUGGGGGUAUUCAACGCUUCAGCCACCCUUGGUCGCAUUUUGUUUCCCACGGCCGAGCACUGGAUGCUGGAGACAUUCACCGACAGUGGAACAGUGCUGCUCAUGUCAUCAGUGGCUCUGCAUUUGAUCCCUGCAGCAAUGUUGUUCGACCCCGUCGAGCGUCAUCUACCAACAAACAACCGAAACGAAUCGAAUGUGCCUGCGGCACCGAUUGCUGACUUCGCUCCUACUGACGCAGAAGAAAUCACAGGCUUGAUGAGGAGUUCAGAAAGCUGCGAGCCCGAGAUUGAUAUUGCGAGUCCGUCACCUGUUGAUCGCCAUCAGCACUGUCCAAACAGAGGGUUGGCAUCACUGAUGGUUGGUCCCAUGAGCGUCAGCACGUCAUCACACAUUCAUCACGCUGCCAAAAAGGAUCAGCGAAAUUUGCGGGAAGUCGACCUGGAUUUGUUCAAAAAUAUGCGCCGCGCCAGCGAAUCUCACGUUCAUCUGAUCUCGUCGCGCAGUCCACGCCUUGCGGUUCGCUGUCCAGACAGCACGCGCGACAUCUGUGGUAGCUCUGUCGCAUUUCUGCAGUACCGAGGAUAUUCUAGGCUGUCUAUGCGUUUAAGGGGGUCGUCGUCGGCGUACCAUGACGACGACGAGAACCCGUCCCCGGGGAUGAAAGCGGAUGAUGACGCAAACUUGGCCAAGCGGAUAUUUGCUCAACUGGACUUCGGGCUGUUGCGGAACCCCAUGCUGUUGAUCCUGCUCUUCUCCGACUGUCUCUAUUGGCUGACUUACUUCAACUUCGUGCUCAUGCUGCCGAUGAGUGCGCGAGAGAAGGGACUGUCGAGGCGCCAGACGGCGACGUUGCUGUCGCUGCCGCCCAUGUCGGACAUCGUGGUGCGACUGGUGGUGCCUGUCAUGGUGGACCGGGGUUGGGUGGACGAGCGGGUCGUGUACCUUGUGGGACUGGCCACUGUACUCGUUGCUGUCCUGCUUUUCCCGCUUGUGUCUGGUGUGGCCACUUACGCUUGUUGUUUGCUGUUCGGCGUUGGUUGCGGUUCGGCGGUGACGCAUUUUGGCCUGGUACUUGUUCACUACUUUGGAGUACAUAAUUUGCCAUCAACCAAGGGAUUCACAAUGUUUUCCAACGGAUUCUGCUACAUAACCGUCGGCCCUUUGCUAGGGCUGCUGCGGACGAACACGGGGAAUUUCCGGGCCAGUUACUUCACCCUGGCCGCGUGCAUGUCGGUGUCACUGUUGCUCUGGGCCCUGGAGCCCUGGGCUAAGCAGUUUACCACUCCGACACCGACGCAUCAAGGGGACAGAACAAAUAUUGCUGAAAUCCAUGAGGGCCACCAGGAAGUAGUCAAAUGUAAUUCCGGUGAAGGUGAAGGAGAAGAAGACGACGACGAGGAGUUUGAGGAAAUCGACGGAGAAAUCGAUCCCGAGUCCCAGUGUGCCCAGAACAGGAACAGGAAGCAGCAGCAGCAGCACAACAUCCGCGUCGAGGAUUCUCUUCCGGCGGAAGUCACGACGGCUCAUCGCGACCCGACGACGGGACACCGGAAGCAGUGAUCGAUGACAGGAAACUGGGGCAUUUACGCGCUUCAAUGCGGAUACUAUACAUGAAUCCUUGCUGAUUUGCAUGAAAUUUUCCGCGCUUUCCGCCUUGUUCCGGCAUCUGCAUGAUUGGAAUCGUCUCGAUCGGGCCGAAGACUAGCGUCUUACUACAGUAUUCCUCUCUCUCUCUCUCUCUCUCUCUCUCUCUCUCUCUCUCUCUCUC